GGAGACCAGGAGCUGGGGCUUCAGCCUCUUCACUGCCAAGGAUUUUUCUGGUACACUGGGACAGGUAUAGAUGGCAUCUCGUAAGAAGGAUGUCCCGACAAAGAAGGAAGUGCCCACUCAGAUGAAACUGCGCCAUGCAGUCCCACUGACCCGAGACUCCCAGGGCAUUUACAGUUUGGCCUGGUCUCCCGAUGGACAGGAGUUAAUCGUGGGAUUUGGAAACGGAGCUAUUCAGGCUGUGAACCCCGCAGAUGGGAAACCUUCGCGGGACAUAUUCAGUGGAGGGGUCUCCCGACAAGCGACGACCUGCCUGUGCUUCCACCCAAAGGACCCCAGCCACCUGAUAGCGGUCGGCGCUGAAGGCAUCGUGGCUGUUUACGACACCAAGACAGGAAAGUGUAAAUCCACCAUCACAGAGGAAAAUACCAACCUGUACACGGUGGAUAUUUCAGCCGAUGGGGGCACGUACGCCACAGCUGGUAGUAACAGGAGCAUCAAGAUAUAUGAUACCAGAACCAACCAGGUGAUCAACGUUUUGGAGCCUGCAGAUUAUGUGACGAGUGGGAAGGAGCUGAAACCAAUCGAUGGGCACACAAGGCGCAUCUUUGCAGUUCGGUUCCAUCCCGAGGAGCGACACAUUUUCGUAUCAGGAGGUUGGGAUGAUUCCAUCAAGAUCUGGGACAAGCGAAUGGCCAGCGAAGCUCGGAAAGUGCUCACCGGCCCACACAUCUGUGGCCCUGCGAUCGACAUCAAGAGCAGUAAGAUCCUGACUGGGUCGUGGGUGGCCAAGCAUGCGCUGCAGAUCUGGGACUUUCGGAAAUCGACCCCAGAGAAGAAUAUUCCUUUCCGUGAGGAUAAGGAUCACGGCGAGUUCAUCUACGCAGCUCGGUUUUGUGUCAGUGAUAUCGUUGUCGCUGGAGGGAGCGGGACCAACAGCGUCCAAGCUAUCAAUUAUAAAACGGAUACGGCCCUGGGGGAGAUUAAACUUCAUGCACAUCCUGUGCAUGUCAUUACCACUAUGUUUGAUGGCCAAAAUGUUGCAUUUGGUGGUGGAGGAGGGAACCUGCACAUUGCUUACCUCCUUUAGCAGAAAAGGAAACAAACCAGGAGAUUAUCGGCAGCUUACAUAUCUCAGUCCCAGAGGCUCAAUGUUUCCGUUAUCAAUAGUUUCAUUACAGUCGUACUGAGAUGUUUAUUUAGACAUGUGUUGUGUUUGAUUUUGCCAUUUUGUUGGAAGAAGGUUUGUUGCCUUUGCACCUGCCCACAACCUCCAUAUGUGAAGAGUUUGUUCAAUAAUUAGCAGAGCUGUACAGACCAAAGUCGCUGCUUGUGUAAGUGCUAUUUGUUUUGUUUCACUAUGAUCAGCUAUGGACAGUCCUAUCCAACCUUGUCAAACUCCAUGCAGCUAAGACACGUAGCUGAGCUGUAAACUCAUUGAAUUUUCUCCCUUCUCACAUGUGCUGUCUGGUCUGCCAAGUAUAUGUGACAUUUUUAUGUUUCAGAUUUCCAGCUUCCACAAUACUCUGUUCUUGCAUAUGUCAUUGGGAUCAGUGUUUUCUCCAUGGACAGUCCCUCUGGAUGAGGUGUCCAACACGCUAAACACUGUUGAUAUGUUCAUCUCUCCCAUCACGGUGUGACUGGCUCUAAGUUUGAAUAGUGAACAACUAAUUCAAAACAGUUUAGUAGACUUCCCCUGCCAUUGUUGAGUCAGAUCAUAAAUGAACAAAUGUGCUUUAUAAUCCAUUAUUUGAAUUAUGGAGGUGAUGGCCUAGUGGUAUAAUUGCUGGAUUAUUAAUCCAGAGA